GCUGCGCAGCCAAGAUGGCGACGAUUAGCAUGAGGCUGCCGGUGGCUCGAAAGCCCGUGGGGCCAAGCGCGUCCCGGGGCGGCGAGAAGCACCUGGUGGCGCCGGGGGACACGAUCACCACCGACACGGGAUACAUGAGGGGCCAUGGCACCUACUUGGAGGACGAGAAGCUCAUCGCCUCGGUGGCCGGCGCUGUGGAGAGGGUCAACAAGCUGGUGUGCGUCAAAGCGCUGAAGACAAGGUACAAUGGUGAAGUUGGCGACAUUGUUGUGGGGAGGAUUACGGAGGUUCAACAGAAGCGAUGGAAGGUGGAAACCAAUUCCAGGCUUGAUUCAGUCUUGUUGCUGUCAUCUAUGAAUUUACCUGGUGGCGAACUGAGAAGGAGAUCAGCAGAAGACGAGCUUGCCAUGAGGGACUAUCUGCAGGAAGGGGACCUCAUCAGUGCAGAGGUCCAGUCCAUAUUUUCUGAUGGGGCUGUGUCACUGCACACCCGGAGUCUGAAAUACGGGAAGCUUGGCCAGGGUGUGCUCGUCCAGGUCUCACCCUCCCUUGUGAAACGCCAGAAGACUCACUUCCAUGACUUGCCCUGUGGUGCAUCUGUGAUCCUCGGCAACAAUGGUUUCAUCUGGAUCUACCCAACUCCAGAGCAGAAAGAUGAAGAGGCAGGAGGCUUCACCACCAACUUGGAGCCAGUUCCCUUAUCUGACCGGGAGGUGAUCUCGCGGCUCCGAAACUGCAUUGUGGCUCUGGUUACUCACAAGUUGAUGCUCUUUGACACCAGCAUCCUGUAUUGCUAUGAAGCUUCCCUUCCUCAUCAGAUCAAGGACAUUCUCAAACCAGAGGUGAUGGAGGAGAUUGUUCUGGAAACCCGACAGAGACUGCUGGAUCUGGAGGGAUAAGACACAAAGCCUGAAGCACUCAUUUGGAGUCCGAGCAUGGCAGCUUUUGAUUCUCAGUAUUUUUUUAGUGUUCUAGUCCCUAACAUUCAUUCCACACUUCAGAAACCACCAAAAUUCCUCAUUUUAAUGUCUAGGAUAUCUCCUGAGCCCUUUUAGGACAAUAGUACUGAAUAGUACUUACAUGCCUAAAGGCUUACUGCCUUUUAGUGCAGCAGCCUGAAAAAUAUCUGACCUUCAUGAAGACACAGAUGCAACUAGGACACAUCUCAUAGCAUUUGUUGCUGUGUCUGGUGCCCCUGAACUUUGUGCAGGAUGGUAGAGAGGAAGGGAUGUGUCUUGUGACGUUGCUCACUCCCCAAAGGCUUUCUAAAUGGUUUUGUUUUUCCUUUACUGUGAUGUAGGCCUGCCAGUCAGUCCUCUGACUGACAGUGUUUGUUUCUCUCUUUAAGACUGCAGGUUGCAGGUACAGGUGUUCAGAGGGCGGGAGUAUCCACACCCUUGCUAAACACAUUUUAGGUCUGUCUGUUCAUAGCUCUGUGUCUCAAGGGGAUGAGAUUGGGUGUGGCAUAAUGAGUCAGGAGCCAUGGGCGAGCAGUACCUUCUCAGCUUGUGUGUAUCUUGCUGAGCUUCUCUGAGGAGGCUCUGAUAUUGUUUUCUAUUAAGUAUUUUACAUUUCAAUAAAUUUUUUUAACAGGUCAGUCCUUCAGGGCUGUGUGCAUUAGCUUGUCUUUCUCCAGAAUGAAUUGAGUCUGGCUGGAAAGCUAUGGUUAGCUCAAGUUCCUUUGUGCCAGGACACUUGGAAUGCUUGCAGUGUCCUCUUAUCCUCUCUUCAGCUGUUGCUUCUCGUCCCAUUCAGGCAGGACUUGACCUUCCUCUUCAGCACAUCUUCUGUGCAGAGUUCCUCUGUAAGUAGAUUGCCUGGUGCUGUUUGCAGUGGCGCUCCCAACGUUGUUUCCCUGCAAUAUCCCAUGGAGAGGCGAGUCAUGCAGCAGCUUUGCUUAGAGAAUGACAGGGACCCACUAUGACCCUGGUGGAGAUCCUCAGGCCAAUGGUUGGAGAUGGGUGAGCUCAGCCAGGCGCUGGUGGUCAGUCACUUGCUUUCUCUGUGCUGAAUGGAUGUUUAGGUUUGCUUUGAACAUCCUCUCAGAUCUCUGGUGCUAUAGAAGAGCCAUUUAUGUGAUAUAUGUAUUGUGUAUAUAUAUUGUUUGUGUUGUAUUAUUCCUGCUUACACUGCAGUGCUGCAAUUCUUUAAUGGGCUGAAAAAGCAAAAAGUCUGCCCUAAUUGUCCCGGAAUCUCAUUUUCUCGCAAAUUCUCUUGCCUGCUGGAGGCAAAAGGAAAAAUUCUUUGCUCCGUCUUCCCCUGGGAACUAGAAAUACCCUUUGUUGCUUCGCAUGUGGUCCCUACUGCUCUGACUGCCAUCCAGAGCAAGCACUAGGUGGCAGCUGCAGAUCGUAUUUGCAGUAUUUCCCUUCCCGAGCAGCUCUGCCUCACUGCCCUGCCAAACGGCAAAGGCUGGCUGGGUGUCUGCCACCAGCACGGCUGCUUCAAACUAGAGCAUUAUGGAACUCGGUGGCUAAGGGCAAGCAAGAACACAAGCGAUCCAUUCUGCUGCUGCACAACUCAAGCUUCUGCCUGUGCUGCUGCUCUGUAAUAGUACUUUACUUCUUGGGGAUAUUGGUGAAGUGCUCCACACAAGACCCAGGAACUGUUAUUUUUUUUUUAGUUUAAUGGAUAUUCCCUAAGAGCCGUUGCAACAAUCACAUCCUUGAGAUGACUUGGGAAAUCUGAAAACUAAAGCUUGUUGGUGACCCUAUGAGUUCUGAGAAUGAGGCUGGUAGCAGUGUUAUCCACAGCUGCAUGGACAGGAACAGUCCAGAAAGGCUAAAAGCUUUAGCAGUCUCUGCAUCUCUUAAUUAGAAAAGUGCCUUUCUUUUUCCCUACCCCACAGCUGUAGUUGAGCAGCUGUUUAUCUUAUUGCCAUAUGGAGAGAGAUGCAGGGAUUUUGGCUGUGAGGCUUCGAGGUAUAAGCAGAUGGGGGAUAUAUGAGCAAUGAGAUAAUGUAUCUGAUGUUCCCUUUUUUUUUAAAAGCAUUUUUGAAGGCUGAUGGAGAGGUCUGUAGUUAAUCCAGUUGAUCUCUGCAUCUCUGCCACUUAACCAACUCUGUGUCAGGCAAAGGGCAAAAGGGUCAGGAGACUGUACUUUGCUACCACUGAGAGAGAUUUGAUAGCUGGAAAUAGAUCUGCUGAACUCAAAUGCAAUGUGCUUCUCUGUCUUCAGGCAACCUCUCUGAUGGCACCUAACAGGUCAGAAAGGAGUGUGGGGGUUAUGAGGCUCUGGAAAGCGUAGUUGGUAAUGUGGUGAAAAUGUGCUGAGGAAGCGUGCUCCAGAGAUGGUUCAUUUGGAGUUGGAUCAUGCUCACGGGUACCGAGCACGAGCUGUCAGACUGCAAGGUGAGACAGUGCCAGGUUCUCAUUACCCAGGGAAAGGGUGCUGGUGUCUUUGCAGCUGCUGUGUGGGCUGCACAGAUGACUUGUUAGCUUUUUUUUUUCCCCCAUCUCUUUUUUUUUCUUCUUUCUUUCCCUCUCCAUAGCAGUCAAACUGUGGUCUAUUUCCAGGCUUCUUAUGCUGCUCCUCUCUCCCCAUUGUGACCCUUUUUUGUUUAUUUAUGCUCGAUAAAUGAGUACACAACCUGAAAAAACAUGAGCUCAAGGUCUGGAUGGCUUCAGCUCUGCUCUGAACUGCUUUCUGAUUCCUCUUUGCUGCAGCAUUCCUGGUUUUGGCCUUGGGGCCUGUGACUCAUCCAGUUCCCUCACUCCCAAAUACCUGGUACUUCUGUUUUUGAGCCUAAGAUCAAGAGCACCAGCUGGGUAAGGUUUAGUUAAUUGAUGUUUUUUGAUGUGGAGGGAACUGAGGGUCCCGAUAUUUUCCUCCCUGGCCACGAGGGGUCAUUGCCACUCUUUGUAAACUCAACCAGCACUGUGCCAAGCCCAGACUUAAAUUCUGUGACAAGGCUUCAGCAAGAGCUUUGCUGGUCGUUCCUGCAACCCCAUCAAGCACAGCUUUCUUUGCAAGCCAGCAGGCAACAAGAGAUGAGAGUGACAAACUUGCCUGGGGAGGGAGAUGCUUCCUGAGCAGUCUCAGUGUCUAAGAAAGGUACCAGGCCAGCUGCUGAUACUCUUGAUUGGCAGAAUCCCUGUAACUUUUCUCUCUCUCUUGAUGAAUGUUGAUGGCCACCAGUGCUCAUCCAUCUCUAAAGCAACUGCAUGUGCUGCUGGGGCUCAUAUGGAGAGGUCUGAAUUAUCCACAUUCAGUUGUGACCCACAGUAUGGCAAAUGACUUUUCACCAGCGCUCAGCAGAGAUGAGUGAGGAGUUGGAUGUGGUCUGGAGGAGGGUUGGCAAACACAGGAGGUUCUGGCAUUUCAGGUAGGAGGGGGAGUCGGGGCCCUUUGUUCCACAGGCAGGUCCACAUGAGAAGGUGGGCAGGCUAUAUUAAAAAUGCCUUUGAAACAGAAAGCACUUGAGAUGUGAAGGACGCCAGCAAAGCAGUGUCCUCCUCAAUUCUUGAAAUAGCCUGUGGAGUUUUGCUAGCAAUUUCUAAGCAGGAAGGGUGAAAAUGAAGAAACUACGGUUUCUCUGGUUUAAGAACAAAAACAUAGUUGAAAGGAGGGUGAGAAAAACCUAACAAGUAUUCAUUUUUACAUGGGGAGCUAAAAUGGCCAUGCAGGCAUUAAAGCAGCUUAGAGCAAUCUGAUGGCUUUGGGCAGCAGUGUCCCACAGUGAGGAGCCUGUUUGUGAACCAGCUGUAGCGCCUGCCUGUGCUGCGUACCCCAGGGUAAUGCAUGGCACAGGCGUGCUUCAAAGUGGAGCUAAUAAAUAUAGUUCCCUUGCUGGUAAGUGCUGCCUGCAGAAACGAGAACACAAAAUCACUCGUCUGUAGAAACGAUUUUCCUGUUUCUUGGUGCCAGUGUUUGAUUCAUGUACUAAUAUGAAGAAUGGGAACCCCUCCCUUUACUCCCAGUGAUAACCUUUGGGAAUUGAAAUCUGUGCUAAUGGGUUAUUAAUCCAAUUACUGCUGCUUAUUACGUUACUUCUCUGUCAUCCACAUGCAGUUUCGCUGUUUGGUUGAGGAGAGUGCUAUAAAUACAAAGCUUUGAGCAGACCCUAGAAGAUACUGAAACCCCACUGAGAUUAUAGGCAGUCUUGAAAUGUUUAUCUCAGGUUCCUGAGAGUUGCUAAUUAAUAUGCUAAGGUUUACUAUUUGGUAAAGAGGUUGAAGCUAUUGUUAUGGAGGAAACGUCACAGCCUCUGUUGGGUGUAACAACCCACACUUAAAUGAGGGUAAACAGAAAAAGGUAUUGAAAUUUCUUUUAUGCAAUAUAUGAGAUGUACACAGGCCAAACACAAGGCUCAAUUGAAGGAAACAGCCUGUCUUUUUUUUUAAUUUAUUCUGCAUUUACACUCUUCUGUCUCUGUCUUCUCUAAUAGUUUCUGAACCCACUGGGUAACUUCAAGUUUGUUAAUGUGAGACAAUAGCAUUCACAAAAACUGGCAGCAGGGCAGGGGGUAGAAAAUAGAAAGCCCUUCAGGAAGGAAAAGAGGAUGAAUAUCUUGCUAAGGUAUUUGAGAGUGACCAGCUGGCCUAUCUGCCUGUGUCCAGCCCCAGAUUAACUACAGCACUGCUUUGGGAAAUGCUUUUGGAGCAACUGCUGAAUUGGGGACUACUGUUAAAGAACCUUCCCUACUUUGCUGCUUAUGAUUGCAGAGCCAUCAGAAGGAAUACCUGACUGUUGACCUGAGUGAUAAAUUCACCUAGUCUGUUAAAUGAAAAGUACAUUCAUCUGCAUAGUUCUCAGGUGAGGGAGAAGCGUCUCUACAGCCUGUAUUGGCAGAACAAAAGUCCUGCUUAUUUGCAAUUACUUUUGCAUGUUUUAGGCAAGAUCUUCUGAGUAUCAGGGACCUGUGGUAGUCUUCUGGAGUUCACUAGGCUUCAGUGCUGCCAGGGUAGGAGAGAUUAUCUAGGAUGCUCCAGUCAGACCCAGAAGGGAGUAACUGUUUCAGUAAAGGGUGGUUGAUAAUGGUUUUGGUAACAAGUUUCUCUCAGGCUGCUCAGCCUGUGUUGACAGACAGCUUUUUUUUCCUCAGUUUCCUUCAAUCGGUGGGAGCUGAGCAGGGGAUUAGUUCAGCGCAGUGAGAGGCUGAUCAUUACUGAGAUAAACCUGGAGAAAUUCUGCUGAGUUCAAGAGAUGUGACCCUGGAUUUGUCUCAGCAUAAUGUACCAGAAUUUCUCUCUCCUCUGUGUGUGUAGCACAAACAGCCUCAGUACCAGCAAUUUGAGUCACAGAUGGAGAAAUCCAAUAGAAAUGGUUUGGGUUCAGUCUCCUGGCUAAGAAUUAGUGCCAUAGCAGCAGACGAGUACAGCAGAGGUGGAGGUUCCCAUAGGGCUGUAUGAAGUGCUACAUUUAAGAUGCUGUUGUUGGAAGAUAAAAAAAUACGUGUUUGCCAGGGACCUUGGAUAUGGUGUAGGAGCCAUGGAGUAUGUUUGGAUUUGUCACAAGGGAGGAGCUGGUAUAAACAAGCCACUCUGUGUCCAGAUGGCUGCCCUGAGCAGGAGGCUACUGCACAACAUUGCAUUUGUGUGCUCUCCCGUUGUUGAGUGGGAGCAACCACAGACCUUUGACCAAAACAGCCUGACCUCAAGCUGCUGCCCCAGCCGUCUUCUAUUCCCAAGGUGAACCAGAGAGCAUACGAGAAACUAAAUAUCUUCAGCGUCACAGUCUGCGCUCUUUAGCUCCAGCAACACUCAUACUGCACAUCUAAGGUCUCCACAAUGAAGGCUGAAGAAUCUGGGGUUUAACUUCAUCUUUGUGCCAAAUGGUGCAUGAAAGUAGAUCAGUAGAAUGUUUUUAUUGUCACAUUCAUUGGCCUCUAUGGCUGUUUAUGGUACUAAGUUUCUUAUGAAUGCUGUCAGAGCAUAUGCAGAAGUAAAGUGCUUUGUGCAAGCAGAACAACUGAUCCCUGGCUGUGGAAAAGGCUGUGCACGACGCUGACCCAGUAAGGAUCUCUUCUUCCCUGUCCAUCUCUGC